AUGAACAAUGUACAGUUUCGAAAACAUUUUCGCAUACAGAGAUCGGUGUUCGAGGAACUUCUGGAUAAGAUAAAAGGCGAUUUAACAGCUACAUUUAGAGGGGGUUUUACACCUACUGAGCCUGAAGUGAAAAUUCUGGUUUUCUUGUGGUAUAUAGCCAAGGAAGACGCGAUGAAAGAAAUAGGCGUUCUUUUUGGAAUCGGCACAUACACAGUUCACAAAUGCAUUCGCGAAGUAUCGAAGAUGAUUGCUGCUCUGAGUAACGAAAUUAUUAAAUGGCCCAGUUUUGAAGAUCAGUGUGAGAUUGCAAAGUCUUUUAAAGACAAAAGUGGCAUUGACCACAUAAUAGGAGCAAUUGACGGAACUCACACACAGCUGUUGAAUUUACCAAACGAUAGCAAAGACUAUUUCAGCCGCAGAGAAUAUCCAUCGGUGCAGCUGCAGCUUGUGGUAGACCACAAUCUAAGGGUUAUGGAUGCAUAUACGGAUUGGCCAGGUUCAGCACAUGAUACUUGUGUUUUUAGGAAUUCAAAACAGAACAGAUUCCAUGGACAUUUUCUACUCGGUGAUUGUGCUUACCCUGCGUGUUAA